UGCUAGAAAACACACGGGAAAGGAGUCAGAGGACGUCUGCUGAAAUCUUAAAGUUCUUGACGCAGGAGUGUUUCACUCUUCAGCUUUAUUUUCCACGGGAAAAUUAACCAUGUACUUAUAAGAAAAAGACUUUUUGCCUUAAUUUUAAAGAAAGGCAUUUUGCAGCCGCGAUCAGCAUUUUUAGAGUCUAUAUGGCCAUCCUGCAGUGUUUAAUUUAAAACACACGUUUUUCUUGCAUGCUCCUAUGAACCAGCUGUACAGAUAGUGCAAAUAUAAGCAAAACCAACAUGACAUUCUGUGUAAGCCCUGCUUCAUUUAAUAAUCCUCUUAGCAUGUUUGAAAAACAAAAAUGCAGCUAGGAAUGAGUGGCUAAAUGAUAAAGAAUUCCCCUUCAUUUGUUGCCCAUUAAGACUUCCCCUUGCUUUCUGGAAUUGUCUCUAUACUCCAGUAAAAGACAUUAGAUCAAGUUAAUAAGCAUUGUUUUGGAAGAAUUUGCCCAUUUCAGUACAAAAUGGGUACAAUUCACUCCAUGGACUGCCCGAAUUACUGCGGAGAAAUCCAAACCCCUCCACAGACUGAUCCCACAAUGGAGUUGCUUAUCUGCCGUGUGGAAGCCAAUGACAGCACAUGCACAGGAGAAAACAAGGAGGGCACUUUUCCACACCUUGGCUUGGAACAGCUGUGACUUCCCAGCUGCAAGUCUCAGGAGGGAAGGAAAUAGCAGAAUGACCUGUUACCAGAUUGCAGCCGUCUCCAGGGACAGAGGUGGAAAAGAUUUUUUCCCGUUCUUUUCCUAGCCUCGAAUGAGGACAAUGCAAAAUUAGCCCCUAAAGGGAAAAUUCUGGCACGCAUUCUGUGAAUGAGGAAAUAGUGGUUUUAAUGGUCUAUUUCAGGUUUAGCACUUGCCAUGUGAGUGGAUGAGGCACAUCCUUCAAUCUUCCUGGAGCUUCAGCCUUCCAAAAAACAAAAAAGGCAAAAAACCAGCCCCACUUCUCUAGAACUACAUAAAUGUCAGAAAAAUCCCUGUGAACCUUCACAUUUGACUCCUCCCAAGUUCAGGGAGGGACAUCUCACAGCCCACUGCACGUUUGACAUUUGCACCAAUGUCAAAUGCAUCACUGCACAUCCAGUUGCCAGCUUUCACCAGAACUCCAGGUCCAGGCCUCCCUCCAUCCCUGCCACCUCCCUGCAGCCUGCCAGGUCUCCAGCGCUUCCUGAGGUCCUGUGGCUACGGACUAAGGCCCAGAGGGACUGAGGCCACCCUCCGGUCACACAACCAGGGGCUUGCAGCUCAUCUGACAGCCCAGCUGCUUCACUCCCAGCCUGCAGAGCUGUGUUGGGCUUGCACAACCAGGUUUUGGUAGCGGGGGGACGACGAGUGGCUUCUGCGAGAAGCUGCCAGAAACUUCUCCCGUGUCUGGCAGAGCCACUGCCAGCUGGCUCCGAGGAUGCACCGCUGCUCACGGCCAAGCCCAUCAGAAAUGGUGGCAAUGCCUCUGUGAUAAGCUAUUAAAAAAGGAAGGAAAAGUUAUUGCGCAGAUGUAACUGCAGCCGGAGAAGAGCAGAGUGAGAACAUGUGAGAGGAACAACUUCGCAGACACCAAGGAGCAGCGCUGGCUACGGGCGGCUCGGGACUUCGUUCGCCGGGCGCUGCCGGGGCCGGACGGGCAGGAGGCAGCAGCGCUGGAGGCGGUGCUGCGGUGCCUGCGGAGCGCGGGCGGCGGGACGCUGCCGCUCGGCUACAGUUUCAUCUCCAUCUCUGACCUGCAGCACCAGCAGCACAUACCGUGCUGCAGCCAUCUGAGCUGGAGCACUAAUGAAUUUAAGGAAUGGUCUCAUCAAGGACAAGGUGCUUUACACAUGCAGCAGACUUUGCCAAGGACUUACCUGAUCCUGGUUGGCUAUUUAGCAGAUGGAAGGCAAGAAAACAAAGAAAAGCUGGUAGAUGGUUGCCUAUAUGUGAAGGACAAUACUGGGAUAAUCCCAUGUGAGCUCUUGCACUUUGAACUGGACUGGCUGGACUCACUGUUUGUCUUCCCGAGCUGGUCAUAUAUCCCACAGACAGACCAGAGUGCAGCAGGGUACUUGGAAAUCCUGGUGGAUCCAGUGCCAGUGAGUGCCCCCAAGGAAGUACUUCACAGCAUUCCAGUCACCUCCCCAGUGCCAGCUGAGCCACUGCUUACCUCCAGGAUUCCAUGUAAGAAGAGAUCAAAGUUUACUGUAGCAGGGGAAUUGACCAGACUUGGGCCUCUCCUUCAUGUUCACCACAAGACAUUCUUCUUUCUGUUUCUGAAGUGCUUUGCAUCUGCUGUUUGUGCCCCUGUGCUGGUGCAAAAACCCAGCCAGCUGCUGUGGCAUCGUGUCUUCCAGCUGGGUCACAGGUACACAAUCACAGGCCUGAGUAUGUCCAGCAUGAAGAAAUCUGGACAAACGAUGUUCGUCACCAGUGCUUCUUCCUGCCUUCUGCCCUACUGUGCAGAGCAAGUGAGGGAGCAGCCACUGAACAGUGCUUCACAAGGAGAAUCCACUCAGUCUUCUUCCCUUGAGACUGCUGAGCAGCUCAGUUGCUCCUUGCAGCUGGGGGCUGAAGAGGAGAGGCCAAGACCAACCAAAGAGUCCAAGAUCAUCUCCUAUGUGGGAUUUGUCACCAAAGUACUCAAUGUCCAAGCUGGUCUCUUUUUACUGGAUGACCAAGUCUGCUUGUGCCUUGCUUACCAGCCACUGCUGAACUCUGCACAGGGCCUGCGACCGGGAGCUUGUGUGGAGCUCAUCGAUGUCCACCUCCUGCAGAAGCCUCUGGCAUCCUUCCCUUUCACUGUACUCGGUGCUUGCCUGAACAGCAUGGUUGUGCUGAAGAGCUUCUCAAGGCUCAGCACCCCCUACCAGCCACUGGCCCCUUCGGGAAAUCUCUGCUUACAGCUGCUCUUCCGCUUCAGUCUGGGAAUGCCGCUGUACCUCUGGCUGGUGAGCCUCCUGGAGACCUUUGAGGAGAGGUUUUCUUGUUUCUUUGGGCGCCGUCGAUUGCUUAGCUCUAUGCACCAAAACCCUGGAGCUGCUGAAAAGUUCCUUGUCCCCCUUCUGCAAGCUAGGGUGCCAGAGAGAGAAGAAGCAAGAGAUAUUUAUAAUGAAAUUCUGUCAAAAAUACACCAGUGUCCCCUGCAGAAAUAUUUGACUCUGAACCCUCCAUGCCAGGCCCCAUCUCUGUCUGCAGUUUGCCGUGUGGCAGAGCAGAAAAGCUGGGAAGGCUUCAGUCCAUCACAGUUGCUUUCCCCCUUGGAGGCACAGCAUAUGGGCACCCAGGAGCUCAAUCGCAGACUGGCCUGGUCCUACUGCACACUCUCAGCAGAAAGUUUCCAGCCCCAACUGAUACUCCUGGGUGUGCUGAGGGUCUCCUCCAGGAGCAGUUCCCUGCUGCUGCAGGACAAGAGCAGCGCACUUCGCUGUGUGAUCUCCCGUAAGGAUGGCAGCCCCUUUGCUCAGACUGCUCUCAUAGGAUCACUCUUGCAGGUGGAAAACUACCAGCUUGUAGUGGAGAGAUUCUUUAAGACUGAUUUUCCCUCCUGGGAGCACCUGGAAAAUCUGGAGCAUGUGAGAGAGAAAAAAACUAGUGUCUAUGUGCAGUUCUACUUGGAGGAUGUGCAGGUUCUCUAUGCUGCUGAAGAACAAAUCCAGAAAGGCCUUAGGAGUGGAAACAGCUCCUCUUUGAGGAAUAAGAAAGAUGGCAGCGCAACAUCUGAGCUGGAAACCCCAGAGGCAAAAAUGCGGAAAUUGGAGGAUCCCAAGGCAGAUACUGGCAGAGAUGAGAACUGUCAGGGGGGCCCAGGCAGCCCCAGAACAACGAGCUGUGUAUCUCACCUGUUCUUGGUUACCCAGAAAGAGGGUCUCAUGCCACGCAAUUACCAGCUGCCCGCAGAAGGAGAUAAAGAAGCUCAUGAGCUGCAGCGUAGUUUCCAAGCCACAGUGCUGUGGCUGGGCAGACCACAGCUCUGGAGUCACCCCAGAGAAACUGGGGACCUACUGGAGCUGGAGGAGACUGGCUGUGAUGGAAAAGGGGGUGUGAUGCAGCAAGAGGCACUACUGCUGUUUAUGGGGAGGUCUCUGCGAUGGUUUCCAUUCCUGCACGUGGAUGGACUGUAUCGCUUCACUGUGCCCUGCUGCUCGGACCUGGAAGUGUUCUACAAGCUCUGUUCUCCACCUGUGCCAGCAACAUUCCUGAGCCGGCCAUCGUGCCCCCUGUGCCUGCUUGUCCAAGAUAGCUGGCACUUAGAGCAUGAGACCUGGAUCUCCAGUCUGCCUGAGCACCAGCUGACAGCCCUGUCAGUGCUGACAGGCAUGGACCAGAGAACUGCCUCCAUUCCAGAAGUGCUUAGCAGCAGUUUCACAGGUUCUCUUGUUUCUUUCUGUGGUGAGAUCGUGGAGAGGACCUUGUGUGCCUCUCCCAAGAAUGAGAAGCCACCUGGCCAUCCAAAGCAGACAGGAACUCUGCUGUCCAGGGAUCACAGUGUGAAGCUCAGCAUCUCAGCUGCUCCAGGCUCCCCUGUUGGGGUGGACAUUUACAUUACUGCCACCUACCUGCAGUACCUCAGGGGCUUGCUACCCGGAGCCAAGAUCCUCUUCCAGAACUUGGAACGCAAGAUCUCAAGAUUCCAUAAUGUUUAUUGCACAUACAUUGCCUCCAGCUGUGUGAGCAUCCUAUCUCUGCCAGCUUCUCACCUGCCUUUUCCUUUUAGUCCUGCAGGAGAAGCCACAUCCCCCUCACUAGUGUUUCUAUCCAGCUUGAGACCUCAGCUGCAAAACGUGGCCCAGGCCCAGAUUUUAUGCCACUUGUCCUGUGUACUGACUGUGUGCCUGCAAUGGGUUUGCUCACUUUGCAGCUGUAUCUUCAAAGAGGGGAGGUGCACUCGACACAAUCCUCCAUGUCCAUCACAAACAGGAGUGAGGCAAGCCAGUGCACGGGUGCUGGUGGAAGACGGAACAGGUGAAGCUGUGGUGCUGUGCAGGAAUGAACAUGUGGCAGCAGUGCUGGGCCUGAGCCUUCUCGAGUGGGAAGCUGUGCAGAACUGUGUGCAGACCAGGGGCAGUGUGUGCAUUCAGCAUGGGGAAGCUCCUGGAACAGGGUGUCUAGAGGAACCUGAGGAUCUUGUUGCUUGUUACCUAAGGAGUCUUUGCAGAAGUCCUCUCAUAUGUCGCCCUAUCCUGUUGGAUUUCAGCCUAGACAGGAAGCCCUCCAAGAUCCUGCAGCCUGCUCCCGUGCAGCUGCGGAAUUUUCGCUGUGGCGAAGUGGAGUUCGUGUCACGAGUGGGGCCUCGUCUGAGCCUGCUGUGCCUGAAGGUGGAGGAAGUGGGACAGGAUGCCUUAUGCUACCUGAACAGCCAGAGGAUGAGCAGGACAUCCAGUUCCUGUUGAGUGGGAGCCACUGCUUAAUAUCUCUCCAGUGGGAGAGGAGUUAUGGAAAUACCUACUGCGAUCAGGAGCUUUUUAAAUCUCCUUUCCAGUGGGAGCACAAGCCUGUGAGCAUAGGGUGAAGGGUGCAACCAAGCAGCUGCUGUGUCUUGUGGAAUUCCUGAAUGGUCACUCUGGGCCAUUGUCAGUGACUCUGAGCUACAUUUUGGAAGAGAGGUGUUCAGUGCUUCCUAUGUGACAGCUCUUGCCUUGGGCCUAGGGCACACAGUGUGUGCAUUUUGUGUGGUAGUAUCUACUAAAUAAAGGUAUGAAAAUAUUACUUAAAGAA